CAAAGAGACGAAAGCAGGCAAUCGAUCGGGCGAACAAUCGGAUGAUCGAAAACCCAAACAAACACAGCUGACACCAGCUUCUGCCAAGGCAUCGGAUGCAAGGGGAAGAGGUGCCAAGUAUCAAAGCCAGCAGAGUCCAACAACCAAACAUCAAUAGAGCACAAUGAAGCCAAGCAAAGACAACCCGACAAGACCCCCCUACAACGAGCAAGCCGAACGACGACAUCCAGUAGCGAGGGAGAAACAAUGGUGAGAAACAACAUCAUUAGCAAGAACGACCACGCAAACAAAGAGAUUGGGAGAUUAUUCCUGCAGCGCAAUCGUGCUGGGCCUUGGGAGCAGUCGAGCCUUGACAUUCCGAAGCCACAAAUCAGAGGCACUUCUCUCAACUUUGCUGCCCGCACAAAGCCAUUCUUAUAUGCACCUAGAAAUCGCGAAAGAGACUACGCGAGGCGAAGCAGACAGGUCCCGGAAGAUUCUGAAGUUGCGUUCAAGCAGAUUCGCCAGUAGAAGGCAUGUAAAAAGACUCUGGUACACCACUCCGCAGCGCUUUGAGACGAAUUGCACGACCACAGCUUGAUCACCGUCAAAAUGUCCUGGGUGGGAGUGUUGAUCUUAACAAAAACCUUCAUCAUGGUCCAAACUUCACGACUAAAAAUACAGGUGAGGAAAAGAUGGUCCAAGGUUUCUUCGCUGCUUCCGCACAAGACGCAUCGAUUGGGGAAAGACCAGCCUCUUUUCUUCAGCACCUCUUGAGUAAGGAUUCUACGAUAAUAAACAAUCCAAAUGAAGGCGCAAACUUUAAGAGGGAUGACAGAAAGCCAAACGGUCUUGAAACGGAACUCCAGAUCCGCAAGAUCAUUCUCCUUGACCGGCUCAGUAUAGUAAGAGUGAUUUCUAUACCCUCCAUCCUAAGUUAGGUCCCACGCAAUUCUUGAAGGACCUGCAGUAAAGCUUGAUAUAGAAAUAUUAUUAAUUAGGUUUAACAAACUAACUCUCUCACCCACAGCUCCUCCCCUAAGAUUAUGAGAAAUGGAAAGAAUCCAAGAAAGACUUCCCCCAUUAAUUCUCCACAGGUCAGCAAUGCGGCAGUUUAGUGUAGCUUCAACGGCGGCAACUCAAGGGAACUCCAAGGCCAAGGGGCGGGAGCAAUCUUUGAUCCAAAUAUCAAACCAAAAGGACGUGUCAUAACCCGACCCCGGUUCGAUGUGAGGAAAUUUCCAGAAAUCAGAUCCAAGCUUCGAGAUAACAGCCCAAGGGCUACAACCAAUGCGCCUCCUAAGGGAACCAGUAGACCACUGUGAUUGAGGAUUAAGAAACUUUUGGGCAAUCAUCUCCCGCCACCACGGAUUCCUUUCCACCGCGAACCUCCUCCACCAUUUAAGAAGCAAAGCCUGAUUUCUAAGUCUCAGGUCCGUGAUGCCUAGACCGCCCAAUUUUCUAGGAAAUUUGCAUUUAUCCCAAGUAACAAGAUGGAUCUUCUUAUUCUCGCCCACACUAGACCAGAUAAAUGUCCUAAGGAUCUGUUCAAGUUUAUUAAUAACAGACGUAGGGGCUUUGAACAAGCUGAACAUGUAGUUAGUCUGAGCAGCUAGCACAGAGUUGCAGAGAACGAUCCUUCCCCCAUGGAAUGAUAUUUCCCCUUCCACUCCGCCAACCGUCCCUCCACUUUAUCAACGAUUUUGUUCCAAACAGUAUUAGAGGACGGUGCAGAUCAAAGAGGUACACCUAAGUACUCUGUGUACAGAAACUUCCACUCACAACCCAAAAUCUCCGCAAGUCGAUCGAUGUUAUCAACAUCUCCUAAUGAAAGAGGAAACUUUUCCGGAACUACACCUUAAGUCCAGUCACACUUUGAAACCAAAUAAGGGCAGCAGCGAGGUAGAUAGCGGCUUCCUCCGUUGCAUCGCAAAAUACGAUAGCAUUGUCGGCAGAGAGGAGAUGAUUCACGCCAUCACCUCUGUUCGAGUCAUCUAAGCAAAAUCCCUAAAUGAGACCAGAUUCACGAGAAAUUUGAAGGGUGAAUGAGAAAAGAUUCAUAACUAGACUGAACAGGAAAGGAGAAAUAGAGUCUCCUUGCUUCAAACCUCUCUACAUAAUAAAGAAACCCCCCCGCUUCUCUACUAACGAGAAGCGAAAGCUUUGAAUGGCAAACAACCCCUCUAAUCCACUUACAGAAUCGUUGGCCAAGUCCAAAGUUGGACAGGGCAUUGAAAAGACAAUUCCAGUUAACCGAGUCGAACGCCUUUUCGAUAUCCAGCUUGAAUAUGCUAAUAUUACUAUCGUAAUUGGUGUAUGGGUACGGAAGAUAUAACCUCAAUUAAAUAGAAUAAUCUAUGAUUUUAAUAUUUUUUAUAAGGAUAAUAAGGAUUUACUUUUUGA